AUGAAACUUGAGGCUGGUGAGGAUGGACCGACUCCCUCCAAUGGCAGCGUGGCUGAUAAAAGCAGCCGCUAUGACAUCGCUGAGCUGGCUACAUCCUCUCUCAUUGGUCUGGUGGCCACAAUAAAGGAGCACAUCACCAAGCCGACGGCAAUGGCCCAGGGGAGGGUUGCCCACCUGAUAGAGUGGAAGGGCUGGGGAGGCGGUGGGGAGCGCGGGGGGUGCGGGGCGGGAUGGAGCGGAUCCCGGGUUAAAGGAGGCGGCGGCUGGGGGGGCAUGGGGGCCGAGCUGCAUGAGGACGAACAGUUCUACUCCCAAAUGACGGACGAGAUCAAGGAGGCUCGCUUUGCUGCAGGCGUAGCGGAGCAGUUCGCCCUGGCCGAGGCGGCCAUGAAUAUGUGGACCAUGAGCGACACUUUAGAGCAGCCGUCCACCAGCUUACAAGCAGUGCAGAGCCACUUCCUGUCCCAGUUCCUGCUUGACGGGGGAAGCGUUGGCGUUCCACAGCAUCUGUACAGCAUUCACUCCCAGACUUAUGGCAACAGCGGUCCCAGCACGCUUGUCCACCCACCACCGGUCAACUCAUUGUUGCCCCCAUCUCACGCUCAGGUGGAUGGAGAUCCUCCUCUUGAGGACAGAAACACAGUGACUGCUGAAGCUGCCGUGCGACACGUAGACAGCAGCUCGCUGUCAGAGGACGAUGUUUUUUACAACUAG